GAAUGUUUUGUGACAUUCGUAUGACAUAUGUACGGUAUAAAGUAAUUUCCUUGUUCUUCAGGAAUGCAAUGAGAGUCUGCUGAAGAAGGGGACGGGGAAAAUGCAUCAACAUCAACAGAAUCAACAGCAUUAUUUGCAAAAAAGUUUGCUCUCUCUAAAUAUUGAGAAAACCAAUUUUAUGACUUUUUCCCUUUCCUCGCGUACUUUGCCUAAUCUAAACUGCAUUAAGAUUCAUGACUCAUAUUGUGACUUUGCACCUCAGUGUGCAUGUAGCAAAUAUAUAAAUAAGAAAUCGAGAUUUAAAUAUCUAGGAAUAAUUAUAGAUGAACUUCUUACUUGGAAAGAUCAUGUUGAGUAUGUUACAACAAAGAUUAGAAAACUUAUUCACAAAUUUUAUGAAUUAAGGGAAAUAUUAGACUUCAGAACUCUUAAAACAGUUUAUUUUGCUUUAACAGAAUCUGUAAUUAAUUAUGGUUUCGUAGUUUGGGGAAAUACAAGUUUAGCAACGUUAUCCAAGUUACAGGUAGCUCAGAAAUGGAUCAUAAAAAUUAUGCUUUUCAAACAGAAACGAUAUUCAUCUGAACUUGUUUUUAGAGACAGUAAAAUACUGAACCUAGAGCAGCUCUAUUUAAAAUCACUUAUAAGAUUUAUCAUGAAAUAUGAUUUCUACAAAGAAUACUUACAGCAUGGCCAAAAUACAAGAAGUGCUGCUCAUGCAAAAGUAAAAUUGCAAAACCCUAGACACACAGCUUGCCAGAGUCACGUUUACUGUAUAGGUCCAAAAGUUUAUAAUGAUGUGCCAAAUAGUAUUAAGAGAUUGAGAUAUUCUACUGUUAAAAAGGAAUUAACAAGAUGGAUUAUUGAUAGUCCCUAUAUUCAAUAUAUAUGUCUACGCUAUCUCGGUGACCCUGGAUAUCAACAAGGUAUUGGUCAGGAACUUGGUGUUCGUCAAGCAACGGUAUCUCGGACUGUGGAUAGAGUUGUGAACAGCAUAGUUGCACAGUCGAACGAAUGGAUCAAGUUUCCAACUACCAACCAUGAACUGAUGGAGGCCAAACAGAUAUCGCAAAGCAUGUCUAAAAUUUCCGACAUCAAUUGGUGUAAUUGA